CUCCGAGGGCCGGAAAAGCGAAGUGAACCUUCCACUCUCGCCAGAGGACCGACAGCCCCGCAGCAGUUAUGGAGCCAGGCGGCGACGCGCACCGGGGAGCGGUGGGGAACGGAGCGGCGCCCGACGGCCAAGGGCUGGGCGUGGUGAACAGGGCGAUGGAAGGCGCAGAGGUUCAGCUAGAUGACUUUGUGGGGGCUCAUGCUGAGUACAAUGAAGAGGAGGAAGAACGCAAAUAUUUCCGCCGCAAGCGUCUCGGUGUUAUCAAGAACCUCUUGACAGCCAGCUUGGGCGGAAUGCUAACCUACGGCGUCUUUCUAGGCCUGUUGCAGAUGCAGCUUAUCCUGCACUAUGACGAAACUUAUCGAGAGGUGAAGUACAGCAAUCUGGAGCUGCAGAAUAUUGACAACAAGAUGCUGAUGGGCAUCAAUGUCACACCUAUUGCUGCACUGCUGUACACGCCACUCCUCAUAAGAUUCUUUGGCACCAAGUGGAUGCUAUUCUUGGCUGUUGGCAUCUAUGCACUCUUUGUCUCCACCAACUACUGGGAACGUUACUAUACCUUGGUACCAUCAGCUGUGGCAAUUGGAGCUGCCAUUGUACCUCUGUGGGCUUCCAUGAGCAACUAUAUCACCCGGAUGGCACAGAAAUACUAUGACUAUGUAAACUACAAGGAAGAGCAUGUCCAGGAGCAAAAGAGAGCACCCCACGGGGCCUACAACAGCUACAUUGUUGUCUUCCAGACUGUCUUCUAUGCCUUCUUCAGUCUGAGUUUUGUCUGUGCCCAGAUGCCUACGUUCUUCUUCCUGAAGUGGUAUCUCUAUGAUAUGAAGCACACCGUUCAAGAUGUGCAGCACUGUGGCACUUCCAGCCAGGGGAUCCUCCCAGGGAUCAACUCCACAGUCCUACAGAGACUCCCACGCAGCAGCGAGCUCAUCAUGGUGGAGAGUGUGCUCAUGGGUGUGGCCUUCCUCGCCAUGCUCCUG